AUCGAAACGCUGACCAGCCAGUCGAAGAAGUUCGUGUCUAGCGGUAGUUCGUGUUCACUUUGCAUCUAUCGUAACUGUUCUUUCUCUACGGUCACUUUCAGCGUCGAUAUCUUGAAAAAACGCAAGCAUGAAGACUAUCGUCGCUGUUUUCUGCGUACUUUACUUCGUAUGUUGCGGGGUUACUGCCAAUGAGAUGUCCGAGACCUGCUUGAAACAAAUGGGUCUUACUAUCUUCGACCUAGGAAACUUAAUUCGCGACACCAGCCCAGAGGGAAUAAGAACACGAGGAUGCUUCGAAGGUUGUCUGAUGCAAAAGAUAGGUCUGAUGGAUGGCAACGUUAUUAAUCUACGUAAGAUCGACGAGCAAAUCGACAGGGCAUAUCCUGACAGUGAGAAGAAGGACAUCAUUCGUGAUACCGUACACCAAUGUGCCUAUAGUGCUGCAAACGACGACCAAUGCGUGGUUGCCCAAAACUUUGGCAGAUGUGGCCUGGAUCAACUGAGAUUCGCUGAACUCGCUCAUCGAUUCACAUAAUCAACAAUGGCAUAAAUGGUCGAGGCUUGCUCUUAAACACAACAAAUUCCGGCAAUGUAAUUCAUGUAAUUUGUAGCGUAAUUCGCUGAAUUAAUUGUAAAUAUUAUCAAUAAAACGAAAAGCAUUUAAACGAC